AUGAAUAACGCGGAACACAAUGGAGUUGCUUCAAAGAUGGAUUCAUCAAAAAUUGAUAAUAUUGAUAUAGAUGAAAAUAUCUUCCUUAAUAAUAAAUCAUUUCCAGUAAAUGAAGUAUAUGAGGUAGAUCAAAAUAAAUUUGGUGGUAACAACCAAAUUAAAGAUAUAAACGAAUAUAAAAGAAUGUAUGAAGAGAGCAUAAAAAACCCUGAGGUGUUUUGGGGUGAUAUGGCAAAAAAUAAUUUAAGAUGGUCUAAAUUAUUUAAUAAGACGUAUAUUGGCAAUUUUAAUAAAGGAAAUGUUAGCUGGUUUGUUAAUGGCAAAAUAAAUGCCUGUGACAAUUGUGUUGAUAGAUGGGUUGAAAAACAUCCUAAUAAGACUGCCAUUAUAUGGGAAAAGGAUACACCAAAUGAUUCUAAAAAAAUAAGCUAUCAAAAAUUAUUAGAAAAAGUUUGUAAAAUUGCUAAUUUAUUAAAAAUAUAUGGAGUUAAAAAACAAGAUUGUGUAACCAUUUAUUUGCCAAUGAUACCAGAAUUGAUAUAUUCUAUGUUAGCAUGCGCUAGAAUAGGUGCUAUACAUAAUGUUGUUUUUGCUGGAUAUUCUACUAGAAGUUUAUCAGAAAGGAUAAUCAGUUCAGGCUCAACUAUUUUAAUUACUAGCGAUUUUGGCUUAAGAGGUGGUAAAUUAACCAAAUUAAAAAAUAUUGCCGAUGGGGCAAUGGAAAUGACUGGAAUGAUCAAAACAUGUAUAGUUUUUAAAAAUAAAACAAAACUAAAUGAUCAGAAUAAUAGUAUAGUAAAUAGUAAAUCAAAUAAUUUCUAUAAUGCAUCUAAUAUAUGCUCUCAAGGAAGUAGUCAUUUCUUGCAAUAUUACACAGUUGGAAAUGCAACACAUAAAAAUAAUAAUGAUCCAAGUCAAAAUGGGCAUGAUAAUGUAUUACAUAAUGAUAUUUCCAAUCAUAUUAAAGAAGAUAUAAUUGAUAAAAAAACUGAACAUUUAAACAAUUGUGUCACAAAUAAUAUAACAAACAUGUGUAAUAAUAGCAAUCAUAAUGAUGCCAAUUUAUCCCAAAAUAAUAAAAUCGAUAAAAUUGGUGCUAAGGAAAAAGAUAUACAAACACUUAAUAAAUUAAUAUCAAAAAAUAGCAAUCUAAAUAAAAAAAAUCAAAACAAAGAAAGUGGUACAUACAAAGAAAUAUAUAGCAACAAUGAUCAAUAUCUAAUAGAUGGAAAGGAAAAUAAAUUGACUGGAAAUGGGACACAAAUGAAUGGGCACAUUUCAUAUGAUAAUAAUAUGAUUAGUUGUAAUCAAGUAAAUGCAUUUGAACAGAUUAAUAAUUAUAAUAUCCACAAUGGACAAGCCAAUUAUGGACAAAAUUGUAAAAGUAAAUAUGAUUUUGAUGAAAAUAUAUGUACAUUAAAAGAAGGUCGAGACGUUAAUGGCUCAUUAUUAAUGAAAAAUAUGAGGCCAUAUUGCCCAAUAGAAUAUGUAGAUAGUGAAGAUUUUUUAUGUAUAUUAUAUACAUCUGGUUCUACUGGGAAACCUAAAGGAGUGACUCAUACUACUGCAGGAUAUUUGCUAUAUGCAUUUGCAACAUCCAAAUAUAUUUUUGAUAUAAAAGAUGAUGAUAUUUUUGGUUGUGUUGCUGAUAUAGGUUGGGUAACAGGCCAUACUUAUGUAGUAUAUGGACCUUUAUUAAAUGGAAUAACAACCACUUUAUUUUCAUCUAUACCUACCUAUCCUGAUUGUAGUAGAUAUUGGAGCUUAAUAGAAACUCAUAAAAUAACACAAUUUUAUACAGCCCCUACUGCACUUAGAACUUUAAUGAAGCAUGGUGAUUAUUAUAUUAAAAAUUAUGAUUUAUCAUCUUGUAGAAUAUUAGGAAGUGUAGGAGAACCUAUAAAUCCAGAAACAUGGAGAUGGUAUUAUAAUGUUGUUGGAAAAAAAAAAUGUGUAAUUGUUGAUACAUAUUGGCAAACAGAAACAGGAGGUAUUGUUAUUGCACCCAUACCCCAUUUAUUUAAAAUGAAACCAGGAUCUGCUUCUUUACCAUUUUUUGGUAUACAAUUAGAAAUAUUAAAUUCAAAAACAUUAGAGCCAUUAAAUGGUCCAAAUGUAUGUGGUAUAUUAUGUAUAAAAAGUUCAUGGCCAGGUAUGUUAAGAACAGUUUAUGGAAAUCAUAAUAGAUUAAUCAAAACGUAUUUUAAACCAUGCCCCAGUUACUAUUUCACUGGAGAUGGUGCAUAUAGAGAUGAAGAUGGGUAUUAUUGGAUAUCAGGAAGAAUUGAUGAUACACUAAAUGUAUCAGGUCAUAGAUUAGGCGCUGCAGAAAUUGAGCAUGCUUUAGUUCAACAUGCCUGUAUUUCUGAAUCAGCCGUUGUAUCUUUUUCUCAUAAAGUUAAAGGAGAAGGUAUUCUAUGUUUUGUCGUUAAAAAACUCGCAAAUCUUUCAAAAUAUCCAGAAUGCAAUAGUGAUAAUAAUAAUGAUGAAUUAAAUAAUCGAUCGAUAUUAAGUUCAAAUGGUAAUAUUGUACAAAAUCAUAUUCAUGAAAAUUAUACAGAUGAAAAAUUGAUAGAAGAAUUGAAGCAAUAUGUUAGAAAAGUUAUUGGUCCAAUUGCUACACCAGAUAUAAUAUGUAUUGUUCCCGAUUUGCCAAAAACACGAAGUGGAAAAAUUAUAAGAAGAAUAUUAAGAGCUAUAGCAAUUGGAUUGAAUGAUUAUGGGGAUAUAUCAACAGUUUCAAAUUAUGAUGUUAUUGAAAUUAUUAAAAAUAAAUUUGUGGAAUCUAAGGAAAAACGUUAUGGCGCAUCAUAA